CAUCUUUCCCAGGAAACCUGCAGCUGGUCCUUGUUCUGCGCCCAACAGGAUUUAUCCACCGAACUCUCUCAGACCUCGCUUUCAAAUUCAACAGAGAUGAAUUUAAAAUGAAGGUACCUAUCAUAAUGCUGGGCUCAGUAACAGAAUUGCAUGGUUAUAUUGACAAAACACAGCUAACAGAAGACCUUGGUGGCACUCUGGAUUAUUGUCAUAACAGAUGGCUCUCUCACCGCACUGCCAUAGAAAGUUUCGCCCUAAUGGUUAAACAAACAGCUCAAAUGCUUCAAUCCUUUGGGACCGAAUUGGCUGAAACAGAACCACCAAAUGAUGUACAAUCAACCAGCUCCCUUCUUGCAGCACAUAGUGAAAAGAAGGACAAAAUGAAGGAGGAUUUGAGGUUAGCUUUAAAACAGGGACAUGAUAUCCUUGAAAGUAAUAGAAAGCCAGUUGCUGAGAACUCUGACUACAAACUCAACGAAGAUCAACUUGACAAUCAAACCACUGUGGAAAGGCUUCUGGCUCAAUUAGAUGAAACAGAGAUUGCCUUUGAUGAAUUUUGGGCUAAACAUCAACAAAAGCUUGAGCAGUGUGUACAGCUUCGGAAUUUUGAACAAACUUUUAGAGAGGUCAAAGCAGCUUUGAGUGUUGCGUCCGAGAGGUUAUCUGCUUUCACAGAUGUGGGAAACAGUGUUUCACAUGUGGAGCACAUUCUGAAGGAUCUUACCAACUUUGAAGAAAAAUCACGUGAAUCCUUAGAAAACGCUAGGGUGUUAGCUUCUCAAGGUGACCAGCAUGUUCAAAACAACCACUAUGCUGUGGACUCCAUUGUUCCAAAGUGCAAUGAGCUCCAUCAUCUCUGUGAUGCAGUUGUUACAGAGACAGAAAAGAGGAGAGGUCUUCUUAAUAAAUCUCUGGAACUGCAUAGUCUAUUGGAGAAGUCCAUGAGAUGGUGUGAUGAAGGCAUUUACCUGCUAGCGUCACAGCCUGUAGACAAAUGCCAGUCCCAGGAUGGUGCAGAAUCAGCUUUGCAGGAGAUUGAGAAAUUCCUGGACACAGGGGCAGACAAUAAAAUCAAGGAACCGAAUAAAGUUUACCAACUAUAUGAACCCAUUCUCAACCCGGACCUAAUGGAACAUGUGCAAAAAGUUUUUCAAAAGCAGGAAAGCAUGGAAGAAAUGUUUCAGAAGAGACAAGUGAGCCUUAAAAAACUGGCAGCUAAGCAGACCCGUCCAGUUCAGCCAGUGGCACCAAGACCUGAAGUCUUUGUAAAAUCUUCUUGUGUCUCUCCAGGUCUUCGAAGAGGCUCUGACUAUGUGUCUGACACAGAAGAUAACAUGCUCCGGAGAAUGAACUACAGAAGACUAAAAUGUGAAAUGAGUGAAAUCCGUCAAAGCAGAGGUGGAUCUGUGAUGGAUGAUGAAGAAAACCUAGCUGUGUUACGAAGCCAUGUAAUUAAUGAACUUAUUGAAACUGAACGAGCAUAUGUGGAAGAACUUCUUUGUGUUCUUGAGGGGUAUGCGUCAGAGAUGGACAAUCCUUUAAUGAUGCAUCUCAUUUCACCAGGGCUCCUAAAUAAGAAGGAUAUUUUGUUUGGGAAUAUGGAAGAAAUUUAUCACUUUCACAACAGAGUAUUUUUGAAAGAACUAGAAAAUUACAUAGAAUACCCAGAGCUGGUGGGAAGGUGUUUUCUGGAAAGGAUGGAAGACUUCCAGAUUUAUGAAAAAUACUGUCAAAAUAAGCCCCGAUCUGAAAGCUUAUGGAGGCAGUUUUCAGACUCUGCAUUUUUUCAGGAAUGUCAGAGGAAACUUGAUCACAAGCUGAGUUUGGAUUCCUACUUACUGAAACCUGUUCAGAGAAUAACGAAAUACCAGUUACUGCUGAAGGAAAUGCUGAAAUACAGCAAAAACUGUGAAGGAGCUGAAGAUCUGCAGGAGGCAUUAACCUCUAUACUAGGUAUUCUCAAAGCAGUCAAUGAUUCCAUGCACCAGAUUGCCAUCACUGGCUAUGAUGGAAACCUGAAUGAACUAGGCAAGCUUUUAAUGCAAGGAUCCUUCAAUGUAUGGACUGAUCAUAAAAAAGGUCACUCAAAAGUGAAGGAUUUGGCACGUUUCAAGCCAAUGCAAAGGCACCUGUUCCUCCAUGAGAAGGCAGUGUUGUUCUGUAAAAAGAGAGAAGAAAAUGGAGAGGGAUAUGAAAAAGCACCUUCCUACAGUUAUAAGCAUUCCUUAAACAUGACAGCUGUUGGAAUAACAGAGAAUGCUAAAGGUGACUCAAAGAAAUUUGAAAUCUGGUAUAAUGCGAGAGAAGAAGUUUACAUCAUUCAGGCACCAACUCCUGAAAUUAAAGCUACCUGGGUAAAUGAAAUUAGAAAAGUGUUAACUAGCCAACUGCAGGCAUGCAGAGAAGCUAGUCAGCACAGAACACUAGAACAGACACACGGUUUACCUAUACCUGCACCAACUUGUACAAGUCCUUCAAGGAUUCAGGGAAGAACUGUCAAAAAAGUAGAAGAGAGAAAAACUGAUCCCACAAGUCCAGAAGGUUAUGUCACCUCAGUAGCACCAAAGUACCCCGAGAAAGGCAAAGGUUGGGCUAAAACAUCUCAUUCACUUGAUGCCUCUGAAGAAAAUGAUGGUUGGUCUAGUGCUGAGGACCCACUUAAUUCAUCAGAUGCAGAGGAAGAAGAAGGAGGAGGAGGAGGAGAGAUUAAGCUGACUCCUGGUAAAUACACUGUUGUGACUGAUUAUGACAAAAGAGGUUCUGAAGAUCUUGCAGUGAAAAGUGGAGACCUCGUUCAGCUGAUCUGUGAAGGGGAGGACAGAAUUUGGUAUGUGAAGAAUCUGAGCACGGGGAAAGAAGGUUUGGUGCCAGCGAACAAUUUAUUGAUGCUCAUAGGCAACUCAAAGUCAGCUCAGUCUUUAAGCAGCUCUGAAUCAGGCACUGGAUGCAGUACUUUGAGUUCAUCAUCAAGUUAUAAUGAAAGUUGCAAUGCUGGCAGCACCAGCUUCUGAGACAUCAAGGGCUAAUGCUAACAUUUCCCCAAGUUGCUUGUGAACUUCCAGCAUCUUAUGCAGACUUCUGAAUGUUGGACUGAAAUGGAGAUCCAGCAUGUAUGUGUUGCCUGUCUCAUGUUUUAAAUGGUGAUUUACGGAGCCAUCCCUAGGAAGAGCUCAGUGAAAAGUAUGUGGAAUCUGAGAUUCUAAAGAAAAGUAAAUGAUCUGAAAUGGGAUCUUCUAGAAGCUUCUGAUUUGAAGUCUGAAUCUCAACAUACAUUUUCCCAUGGAUAUUGCCAUCAGAUUUCUACAGACUCACCAUUUUACCACAACCAGAAGAAGAACAGGACAAGACAGGAAUGUGUUCCUCUGUUGUAAAUCCUAUUGUAAAAUAAUGAAAUAAAAAUAAUUGUAUAAUAUAGAAAUAGGAUAAGAAAUCUGAGUUUACAGUUCUCUCCCAAAAACCUUUCUGUAAGCAUACUUCUGGGUUAAUGCAGUAUAUGGAGUGUCUUUUACAAUAACCAGGAAUUAAAUGUAGGUCCAGCCAUUCUCUUGUCUUGAAUUUUGAGCACUCUGCUUUCUGCAGUAAAAUGCAUCUUCACAGGCUAUGAUGCAAAAGAAAUGGACAAUUCACUGACCACAACAUCAUCAAAAGAAAAGACUAUUUUAUCUUUUCCAGCAUUUUUUACUGUGUCCAAUGGCCAUUUUUGAGGUAUUUUGGUCUCUGAACCAAGUUCUUUACCAAGAAUCACUGUUUUUACAUAACAUUGGCAAUUUAAUAACAUGUUUGAUACAAAAUUAUUUUUCAUUACUAAGGUACACACUGAAACACAAAAUGUUUGUAUUACUUAAGUGAUUUCUUAAUAAUUUGUAAUACAAUGUGGUUAUCUUCAGUUCUAACUGUUAAAAGAUGAUUGCAGGCAAAUGAAACUGUACUAGCUACACUAUAAUGCUGAAGAUUUAUUGUGAGAAUUAGAAACCUGAACCUUUUAGCUAAGGAUGUAUGUUUGUAGAUUUACUUAAAAGGAUUAAAAAAAUUAAACAGUUGUAUAUUUUUUUCUAUAAAAUGGGAGGGUGGGGGCAAUAACUUUAUUUUAAAAAAAUCUGGACUGUGUUGUGGACAAAUAUUUUAAAUCCUUUUUUAAAGGGAGGGAAAUCAUAAACAUACAGUUUUUCAGGGUAUAAUGUAAAUGCUGUAAAUUAUCACCUCAGAUAUUCUUUGCAGUUCAGCCUUACAAAUGCAAACUGUAUCAAUUUUAAAAAUGUUUUGCUUAUACUGGAAUAUCAUUUUUUCCUGGUCUCUGUACUGUAUUACUUAAAAUAAUCUGGAGUGUUGAGGGCUUGAUUUUCAGAAGCACUGAGCACAGUGAGCUUCUAUUGCAAUCAGUGGGAGCUACUGGUGCUCAGCACCUAGAAGUCUAUCUUAAUAAAAGAAAUCUAGAUUUUACACUUGGUGAUGUGAACAGCUAAAAGAGAAAUGCCUCAAAAGAAUGAUCUUACUUUUCUAGUUUCCUGAAGGGAUUCCUGACCCAGUUACAAUCAAAAUGCACCUGGCUGUGGCCAGUGCAUAAAUGUGUGUAUAAAUACAUAUAUAUGUAUGUGUCUGUGUCUUUGUGUGUGUAUAUAAUGUAAAAGAUGUAUUUAUAGUCUUCAUGCUGCUGAAAAUGUCACUUUACAAUUCAUAAAUACUUAGGUUUCUUGCAAUACUGCAGUAUGAAGGCUGGUCAGGGUUUUUACUUUAUGCAUCAUUUCCAAAAAAGGAUUAAUCUGUUCCUUCUUAAAUUAUCUUAAACUGUGCUAGCCAGGACUGUUUAGCCUGAUACGUGAUAAUGAAAUAACAAUGUGCAGAGAUAUUGGUUUGCCUUCUUGUUUGUAAAUUAUUUUGUAAAUGAUCUGUAACAUAAUUUACUUAAAUAUAUUGCUCUCAAACAGUCCUAUAAUGAAACUGUCCUUUCAGCUGUCUCAUUGCAGCAUCCUUUCCAUUAUUUUGUGAUCUUAUACACACCAUUGCACUUUAAUACAGCACAUUUCACCGUUUCCUUUUCUACAUCUGUUGUAAAUUAUAAGUACAAAAUCAGAGGUCGUUAUUGGAUGUAUGAAUGUUUGAUGA